AGUUACAUUUCUGUUCUGCCCUAAAGAGAGGGUGCUUUGUUUGUGGGAGUUUUUCUUCUAUUACAAGGGAGAUCGAAUCCAUUAUUGUCAAAGGCAUUCUCAUUCUUUUGCCCAAAAAAAAAAUAAUAAUAAUAGCAUUGUUAUUGUCUUCUUAGGUUUGGUUUGAUGGAUUUUAAAAUCAGGGAAUUCAAAAAAUCAAUACAAUUUGAUUGGAGAUUGAAUUAAUUCAAAAAAAAUUGGCAAUAAGCAAGAAUAAAGUAAGAAUAAAAAGUUUGGAGCAAGGAAUCAUCACUGUGUUGGAGAUUGAAUUAAUUAAGCAAGGAAGACUUUUCUGAGCUGUCUCUAUUUGUAGAUUCCCUCUCUUCCACACGUAUUCUUCCAUUCUCUUUAUCCCAUGCACUCAUAUAAGAACUUCACUUCCCAUGCUUCAGCUCUCCAUGCAAACACAAAGCUUUGGAAGUGUAAUUCAGAUGGCUCGAAAUCUCAGUUUACAAGGAGCUUUCCUGUUCAUUUUCUUUAUCAUUGCAUCAGCACAAAAUACUUCCACAACUACAAAAACCUUCACCUUGUUCAACAACUGCAAAGGGACAAUAUGGCCUGCAAUUAUUACAAAAGGUGACAACAAUCGUGGCGAUGGUUUUGUCCUGAAGCCAGCCCAAACAGCCUCCUACACUGCCUCAAGUGGCUGGAGCGGCCGGAUAUGGGCUCGAACUGGUUGCAAUUUCAACAACAAUGGUGUUGGAUCAUGUCAAACAGGCAGCUGUGGAACCUCUCUAAAUUGUUCAGGCCCAAGUAGCCCACCCAACACAAUUGCCGAAUUUACCCUUGGAGAUACCGAUUUUUACGAUGUUAGCCUUGUGGAUGGUUUUAAUUUACCUAUUGGAAUUUUACCCCUUAAUGGCAAAGGAAAUUGUAGCAAUGCAGGCUGUGAAUCAGAUCUCCGGGGUAGUUGCCCGUCAGAGCUCUCCGUUAAGUCCAACGGGCAGGUCGUUGCUUGCCGGAGCGCCUGCGAUGUGUUUAACACCGAUGAGUACUGCUGUAGAGGAGCAUAUAGUGAGCCAGUGGCAUGUGUGUCAUCAAAUUAUUCCAAAGUUUUUAAGCAAGCUUGCCCUGCAGCAUCUAGCUAUGCAUUUGAUAAAGAUUCAACAAGUAUUAUAACUUGUUCUGCAUCAGAUUAUGCUGUCACCUUCUGUGCAUCAAGGAAUCAAGCUUUAUGCAGUUACCAUGAUAACAAGGUAGUAUGCAAUAAAGCAAAUGGCUCAAAAGCACUACUACCCAAUGGAUGGUGGAAUCUGAUGGUGAUAUUGCCUUUGCUAUUUAUUUUGCAAAUCAAGAUUUAGCAAUAUAGACAAAUUUGUUCUAUAUAGAUAUGUAAUAUAAAUGUAUAGAGAUUUAUAUAGACUCUACUAUUAUUUUACGUUAUAAAUUCAUGUCUGAUGUGUAAAUUAAUUUUUGAAUUGAAAUAAUAUUUUAUUUUUACUCGUA